AUGACGAUUCGCUUCCUCGUCAACUUUGGCCUCUUGGCCCUCCCCAUCGCCAUCACUCUCGGCAUCCUCUUCGGACUUGAGAAGCAUCGAGAGGCUACAGGAGGUCCUCCUCUGUUCAAGCCGCAGCCUGACCCGACCAAGCCCAAGAGGCCCAACGAUAAUGGCAUCACGGUCGAGCAGUACUGCCAAAAGUCGUAUGGUAUUCAUCCAGAGACCAAGGGCCUUGAGUUUACACUGAAUCCCAAUCAGUGGGGUGUGAAGGAUGGUGGAAAGGGAGGAAUGUGUUUAUAUGUCGACAUCCACAACAACAAGACCUAUGACACAGAGUUCACGGCGCCCAACUGGGCCAGCGUCUGGGCCUAUCCCGUCGACGAUGUCAAGGCUCCUGUGCACGCCUUCCCCAACGUCAUGGUUGAGAGCGACACGUUCCCCGUCAAGCUAAACACGAUUGAAAAGAUCGAGAUCGACUUUGCCUGGACCUACGCUGCCGGUAACACGUCGGCCAAGGGAAGCAAGCACAUCACAAAGUCCGACUUUGAUGAUCUGGUGGAUCGAGAGGUCAACGCCAACGUCGCCAUGGAUAUGUUCUUGGACAAGGACAAGGAAAAGUCAAAGGUCAGUGAGGACGCUUCUCACGAAAUCAUGGUGUGGUUUGCGGCCAUUGGAGCUGCUACUCAGCCUAUCGGUUUCAAUGGCGGCGCGAGUCCUGUGGCGACCAAGACUCUUCACGGAGUCAAGUUCGAACUCUACGUCGGCGUCAACGACGAGACCAAGCAAAAGGUGCUCACGUGGUACGUCAAGGAGCCCGUGGAAAAGUUCAGCGGCGACCUCUCCCCUCUGAUCAACGAGAUCCUGUCCAUGAGCGACACGGACUACCCGUCCCCCACUGAUUACCUCGGCUACAUGGCCUGGGGAACCGAAGCCUACUCUUCCAACAAUGAGUAUGUCACGUUCAACGUGACGCAGCUGGCGAUAGAUGUCGAGACUACGAGUUCCUCUUAA